AUGGAGCUCAGCACAACGUCGACAAUGGAUCUGAAGCGCUCGCUUUGCGACCUUUGUCUCAAUCCCCGACAUACAAAAUGGAUAGCCCCGCUCCUUGUCUUGGGCGACGCGUUUCUUUGCGCCUUAAUCAUCUGGAAAGUUCCAUGUAAGCCACAGACCCCAGAAGCACCUCACACAGAAAUCGAUUGGAAUACGUAUAUGCAGCAGAUAUCCUUAUAUAUCUCUGGAGAGCGCGAUUAUACCUUGAUCAAGGGGUCCACCGGGCCUCUUGUGUACCCCGCUGCCCAUGUGUACAGCUACACAGCCCUCUACCAUUUAACUAACGAAGGCCGGGAUAUCCUUCUUGGCCAAAUCCUGUUCGCCAUCCUCUAUCUCGCGACAUUGGUGGUGGUGAUGAUUUGUUACCAGCAGUCGAGGACCCCUCCAUAUCUGUUGUCGCUUCUUAUCCUAUCCAAACGACUCCAUAGCGUCUUCAUGCUGCGGCUUUUCAAUGAUGGCCUGGCGGCUUUCGCUAUGUGGGUGGCCAUACUUUUGUUCCAGAAUAAGAAAUGGACGCUUGGAGUUAUUGUAUGGUCUACUGGGGUGGCUGUCAAGAUGACCCUGCUGCUUCUUGCUCCAGCAAUUGCGGCGGUACUGGUCCUCAGCCAUUCUUUUCUGUCCUGCCUACGACUUGGAAUCUUGGCCUUGCUUAUUCAGGUAUACCUCUUUAAUAUCCAUUGA